UCCCCGCCCAUCGUCGGCCGCCCCCGGCACCAGGGAGUUAUGGUUGGCAUGGGUCAGAAGGAUUCCUAUGUAGGUGAUGAGGCUCAGAGCAAGAGAGGUAUCCUGACACUGAAAUAUCCUAUUGAACAUGGCAUCAUCACCAACUGGGAUGAUAUGGAAAAGAUCUGGCACCACACAUUCUACAAUGAACUGCGUGUGGCCCCUGAGGAACACCCUACUUUGCUUACAGAGGCUCCUCUAAACCCUAAAGCUAACCGUGAAAAGAUGACCCAGAUAAUGUUUGAGACCUUCAAUGUGCCAGCCAUGUACGUGGCAAUCCAGGCUGUCUUGUCCCUAUAUGCCUCUGGUCGUACCACAGGCAUUGUUCUUGAUUCUGGUGAUGGUGUCACCCACAAUGUACCUAUCUAUGAAGGUUAUGCUUUGCCUCAUGCCAUCAUGCGUCUGGACCUGGCAGGCAGGGAUCUGACUGACUACCUCAUGAAAAUCCUCACUGAGCGUGGCUACUCCUUUGUGACAACAGCUGAACGUGAGAUUGUCCGUGACAUUAAGGAGAAGUUGUGCUAUGUGGCUUUGGACUUUGAGAAUGAAAUGGCCACUGCUGCCUCCUCAUCCUCUCUGGAGAAGAGCUAUGAAUUACCCGAUGGUCAGGUGAUCACAAUAGGUAACGAACGUUUCCGCUGCCCAGAGACACUCUUCCAGCCAUCCUUCAUUGGUAUGGAAUCUGCUGGUAUUCAUGAAACUACCUACAAUAGCAUCAUGAAGUGUGAUAUUGACAUCCGCAAGGAUCUGUAUGCCAACAAUGUCCUUUCAGGUGGUACAACCAUGUACCCUGGUAUCGCUGACCGCAUGCAGAAAGAAAUCACUGCAUUAGCUCCUAGCACUAUGAAGAUCAAGAUUAUUGCCCCACCUGAGCGCAAGUACUCUGUCUGGAUCGGUGGUUCCAUCCUGGCAUCUCUGUCCACCUUCCAGCAGAUGUGGAUCAGCAAACAGGAAUAUGAUGAGGCUGGUCCUUCCAUUGUCCAUCGCAAGUGCUUCUAAAUGCCUUUUCCUCAAUUUACCUCCCACUCAGGAUGAUAAUGAUGAUAUUAUGCUUCUUGGAGUCUUCCAGUAAUCCUUCCUGAACUUUCUUCAGUCAUUGUACAGUUUGUUUACACACUCGUGCAAUUUAUUUGUGCUUCUUCUAAUAUUUAUUGCUUUAUAAAUAAACAAGAUCUGGGACUUGCAACCUACAAA